AUGGGCGCACGUGUCUACUCUCUGCGCAUCGGGCAGAUUUCCGGUCACUUCCAGAGGGGUCUGUGGGGUGAUUCGGACGCGAUGCCGCUGCUUGUCCGGUCUGCCCUGACGCUGAAGGCAUUGCCGCCUAGGAUGGACGCGGCGUGCUCCUGGUUGCCUGUGGAUCAGCUCGCUCAGUGCAUCCUCGAGAUUGCCGGAUCAUGCCUCACGAGAGCGGAGCCGGCGAUUCGCGACGGCAUCGACAGCUCUGCGAAUGGUCGCGUCGAAAACCUACACCGGAAAUGA